UCCAGGCAAAAGUCAUUGAUGAUGAUUUUGAAUCAGCAGGUUUACAUCAAAUUAAUAUUGAAGAGAACCAGGAUGAGAUUAAUGAUUCUAUGGACCUGGUAAAGGCUUUAAAUCCUGAAAUAGGUCAACUGUUAAACCCAUCAAGAAAGAACAAGAUACAUCCUGCUCCAUCAUCCUUUCCAAUGUCUUCUUUCUCUUUUUCCAAACCCAAUCAUGAAGAUGAAGUUAAAGAGGAAACUAAAGAGGACAAUGAUAUGAACUUUGGCCUCACAUAUGACCUACCUGUGGGUCAUAUAACAAUGAAACCUGUAUCAAGACCAUGCAUGCCAGCUUUUUCUGCACCGGAAAUCAAGUUUAAAUUACAACAUCAAGGUAACACAGAGAGCUUUGGUAGUGAACCAAAAUCAACAGCUGAAACAGAAAGUGAUUCUCAAAAUGGUUUAUCAAACCCAGAGAGGAGACCAUUUCAUUUACAACCUAUUCCUGCAAGUGAAGAAGGGAAAGUGAAAAAGACAACUAAGAAAAAGGGUAUUUCAGCACAAGAUCUGGAUUACAGUAGAUACAAUGAUCAGAAGCAGCAGGAGAGAGACAGUGAUGCCUGACAGUUUUAUGUGUGAUUUUAAUUUUAUAUUAGAUAGAAAACUUUUUACUUUUUAUACACAUAAUUGAUUUGUAUUUUUUAACUUUUGAACUGUUGUCAUCAGCUUGCUUGUAUUAUCUUCUUUUUAUAUAUAUUUGUCAUGCCGGGUGUUAUUUAAAGAUUUAACAGAAAUAGUCGUAUUGAACUUUCAUGUCUUUUCCGCAUAGCAACUAACAUAUGGUGUCUAUCUGCAUUUGAAAGGGGGAUGGGUGUAAAUAUGGAAUAAAACAGUUACUCAGUUUACUUAAAUAUUUAUCUUUUUAUCAAGGUUAAGGAACUUGACCAAUUCUUUUUUUCCAAAAACUCUUCUUUUUUUUCAGAUACAUACAGACAGGUAUAUUGAGAUAUUAUUAGUAAACAUGUAAUUUGAUGACUAAUGCUUUGUAAUUUUUCUACAAGUAUUUCUUAAAUUAAUACUUAUUCUCAUAUUUAAGUAAAAAUAUUUGUAUUCACAUAUAUAAAUAAAAUAAUUGUAUUCACUUAUUAUUAAACUCACAAGCAUACAAAA